ACUUCCGGUCACUUCCGGUGCUGGUGCCCGCUAAACGCCGUGCACUUGACGGCGCUGGUCCAGCGGCUCCGGUUCGUGAGUCCGUGUGUCGGUGCUGCCGGCGGACCGAGUACCUGCAGGAGUACACGGAGUACCUGCAGCAGUACACAGAGUACCUGCAGCAGUACCUGGAGUACACACAGGAUGUCGGAGAACGUGGAGCAUAGCGACGACCUCGGCCUCCUACCCCCUCCCGAGGCGGAGCCCCCCCGGGAGGAGGACGCACACUGCCCCCUACCCUUCAGGCUGCAGCUGAUCGAUGAUCUUUCCUACGAAGACGUGAAAAAGUGCUACCGAGGAUCCACCGUCAGCAAGUACAACUCCCAGUACCACAAACUGUUCCAGACGGUUCCUAAAGAGGAGAUCCUGAUGAAAGUGUAUUCGUGUGCUUUGUUGCGAGACAUCCUGCUGCAGGGACGCCUCUACAUCUCCAGGAACUGGCUGUGUUUCUACGCUAACCUGUUUGGUAAAGACAUCAAGGUGUGUAUUCCCGUGGUGUCGGUCCGGCUGGUGAAAAAACACAGGACUGCCGGCCUGGUGCCAAACGGCCUGGCUAUCACCAUGGAUACGGCCCGGAAGUACGUGUUCGUGUCCCUGCUGUCCAGAGACAGCGUGUACGACGUCCUCCGGAGGAUCUGCACUCACCUGCAGGUGAACGGGAAGAGUCUGAGCCUGAAGCUGUACCUGGAGGAGCCCAUCUCUCUGUCCAUGGAUGAGUUCCCUGAGGUGCUCACUUGGAGGAGGAAGCCGUCUCUCCCCCUCGUCUCCUCCUCCCUGCCUGACCUGCUGGGUAGCUCCUCCCCCGGCCUGGCUGCAGAAACGCCCUUCCUCACGCACACGCUCACAGACAACAGCUUGGAGACAGAGACCAUUCUCCUGACAGAACCAGUACCUGAACUGGGUCACAUGGAGUACCAGCUGCUGAGAUUCUUCAUUCUGCUCGUCUCCCUGCUCGUCCUGUCUUCCUGCUACUUGGCCUUCCGAGUGUGUCGUCUGGAGCAGCAGAUGAGCUUCCUGAGCAGCCAGCAGACGCCCAGAGAGAGGUGUGGGGAGUUGCCCUGCUGGCUGGCCAAUCAGAGGACAGGAACCUGACUCCGGGAGCCAAUCGGGGAAAAUAAGAAGAAAAACAUGCACUUACAUAGACUUCCCACCAGGGGGCGACAGAGAUGGACGGCCCCAGUGGCUGGACUCUGACCUGGUCGCCAUAGAGACGAUAGUCACCAGACACUGGGGGCCGACCUUCGACCUCCCGAGUAAGAGGUCACACAGAGGUCAUGUGAAAGUCAGGAAGGACGACGACGUGCUGUAACAUAACGGAUGUAGAUUAUUAUUUGUGUAUGUGUGUGUGCGUGUGUGUGUGUAUCAGGAACGCACGCUGUGUUACACAUCUCUCCACCAGGGGGCGAUGGACUUCGUGUUCCUGGUAAAAACUGUAAAAACUAUAUUAUUUCACAUUAAAUCAGAACAAAUAAUAAUAAUGUUGUUGGUUGUUAAAUUACUUUAUUUAUUGAUCUAAAACUUAUUCUGAAAACAUGAAUUAUUUUCUUUCUUUCAAGAUAUAAUUGUCUGGAAACAACAGUUGAAUAUAACAUCUAUAUAUUCUAUAGAUUACAUAUAUUAUUAUAAUUAUAGCGUGUAUAUAUUAUAUCUAUAUUAUAUUAUUAGGGAGGAAGGAAGGAUAUGUGUAUAUAUGUGUGUGCGUUUGGUGUUUCGGGAUGUCUUCGUUUUACUUUUUGAAAGAAACUCAUGAAACAGAAACAACUUCUGAACUCCAGAUUUAUGAAUAAAAAGAAACUACAUUACCCAUGA